GGGCGGAGCUGGCGCAUGCGCGGUAGGCGGUGUCGGGGCUGGGCAGGUUUAUAUCCCCGAGAUCAGCUGACGCCCUGCAUUGCAGACUGCGGACUCCGGCGUCGCCAUGUACGCUCUCUUUCUUCUAGCCGGCCUCCUGGGCGCGGCUGCAGCCAGCCCUGUCCUGGGCCUGAAAGAAUGCACCAGAGGCUCAGCAGUGUGGUGCCAGAACGUGAAGACGGCAGCCGACUGCGGGGCCGUGAAGCACUGCCUGCAGACCGUCUGGAACAAGCCGACAGUGAAAUCCCUUCCCUGUGACGUGUGCAAAGAUGUCAUCACCGCAGCUGACAACAUGUUGAAAGAGAAUGCCACUGAGCAAGAGAUCCUCGUGUACUUGGAGAAGACCUGCGACUGGCUUCCUAAGCCGGACAUGUCGGCCUCAUGCAAGGAGAUGGUGGACACCUACCUCCCAGUCAUCCUGGACAUGAUUAAAGGACAGAUGAGCCAGCCCGAGGAGGUGUGCUCCGCGCUCAGUCUCUGCGAGUCUCUUCAGAAGCACCUGGCAGAGCUCAAUCGCCAGAAGCAGCUCGAGUCCAAUAAGAUCCCAGAACUGGACAUGGCGGAGAUGGUGGCGCCCUUCAUGGCCAACAUCCCCCUCCUCCUCUACCCUCAGGGCGGCCCCCGCAGAGAGCCCCAGCCGAAGGCUGGUGGGGAUGUUUGCCAGGACUGCGUCCAGAUGGUGACCGACAUCCAGAAUUCCGUGAGGACCAACUCCACCUUUGUGCAGGCCUUGGUGGAACAUACCCGGGAGAAGUGUGACCUCUUGGGGCCUGGCAUGGCCGACAUGUGCAAGAACUAUGUCGACCAGUACUCUGACAUUGUUAUCCAGAUGAUGAUGCACAUGCAGGAUCAGCAACCCAAGGACAUUUGUGCAAUGGUCGGGUUCUGUGAGCAGGAGGUGCCCAUGCAGCCGCUGGUCCCUGCCAAAGUGGUCUCCGAGGACGUCAUCCCUGCUCUGGAACUGGUGGAGCCCAUUAAGAAGGGCCUGGUGCAGGCGAAGGAUGAUGUUUUCUGCGAGAUGUGUGAAUAUGUGGUGAAGGAGGUGGUCAAGAUGAUCGACAGCAACAAGACUGAGGAAGAAAUAAUUCACGCUUUCGAUAAAGUGUGCUCAAAAUUGCCCAAAUCCUUGUCGGAAGAGUGCCAAGAGGUGGUGGACACUUACGGCCGCUCCAUCCUGUCGAUCCUCCUGCAGGAGGCGAGCCCUGAGCUGGUGUGCAGCAUGCUCCAGCUCUGCACCAAGCAGAGGCUGCCUGCACUGACCGCACACGUGACUCAGCAGAAUGACGGUGCCUUCUGUGAGGUAUGCAAAAAGCUGGUUGGCUAUUUGGACAACAACCUGGAGAAAAACAGCACGAAGGAGGAGAUCCUGGCUGCUCUUGAGAAAGGCUGCAGCUUCCUGCCCGACCCAUACAAGAACCAGUGUGAUCAGUUUGUGACCGAGUACGAGCCCAUGCUGAUAGAAAUCCUGGUGGAGGUGAUGGAGCCGUCCUACGUGUGCUCGAAAGUUGGAGCCUGCCCCAAAGCCCCUAAGCCUCUCUUGGGAACGGAGAAGUGUGUGUGGGGCCCGAGCUACUGGUGCCAGAGCACGGAGACAGCGGCCUUGUGCAACGCCAUCGAGCAUUGCAAACGUCACGUGUGGAACUAGAAAGAAUGUUCCAGCUUGGAGAAACCACAGCAUCUGUUCCUAAUUGUAUGUCUGGGGGAAUGAACACAGAUCUUUCGACUUUGUUAUAAAAAUAGGCCCCCCCUUUCCCUCACGCUGUUUCUUCUCUCCCUUAUUGUAACAUUGCAGUCAACGCGGGAGGUGCCUAGCCCGCCGCUGACAUAGUGCUUCAGUGUCCUUUUCAUUCUGCCACAUGGAUAAUGACGCCCUGCACCCUGGAGGCCGCUGAGCCUGCCCUUGCAUGUGGUUACCUGGAGGAGGAAGGGGGCUCGCUGCUGGCAGCAGCCAGAAGCUUCUUCACAGAGGCCAUCCGUCCUCUCGGCCGGGGCUUUGCUGAGCCCUGACCGGGGCUUGGGCGCUGGUGGGCUGGCUUCUGUAGCCUCUGCCUACACUAAGGACACCUCCCCGGGCUUCUGGGUUGCUAGACAAAAAAGUGAAACAAAGGCUUUAUAUAUAAGAUUAGAGGCUCACAGUAAUGAGGCUUUGUACUCAGUGUGGUUUGCACUGAAAUUGAGGUUUUGGAAGCGGCUGCUCAGGACACCUGGGUGAGGUUUGGGUUUGCUGACCCUGGGUCAGCCUUUGCUCCAGCUUUCCCGUGUCUUUCCCGGUGAUGUCUUGUUUGGUCCUGUGGGUUUGGGUGGGAGGGGAAAAUCUGCUUGAAUGCAGCCUGCGUAGCUCAGUGUGGGGGUCCUGUGCCCCUGGCUUUUGUGAGUGGACACGUGGACCGUGGUGACCACCUCAUGCCUGCUCUGUGCCUCUGGGCAGCACAGCCCCUUUGACCCGUUUUGUGGAUAUUGCUUUUGACCUUGAAAUAAGUGGAUGACAAGCACCUAAGCCUCUGGCUUCCAGGCAGCGGGCCCGUUGGGCGUGCUGUUCAGGACCUUGGCUGCUGCCCUGCCUUCUCCCCCGUGGCUGACUCUUCUGCUGCACUUCCGGUUGUCAGGGGACAGUAAGACCUGCAGUUGCCAUUAAACGGAUUUAAUGAUUUUUUUGUUUUGCACUAAAGUUUCUGUGAUUUAACAAUAAAGUCUGUCAAUCAGA